CGGGUCUAACCCCUUGGAACGUCGUGACAGGAGAGCGGAAAGAGGAGGAGGAGAGCGGUGCUAUUGAGUUGUAAGGGGAGGUUUGGGCUAGAGAGGUAACGGAGCUUUUACUCUUUCUUCCGGAGGAACGAGGCGGGUCGGGGGAGGUCAGAGGUCGGAGGUUGCCGAGGGAAGAUGGUGGCGCGCGAGCAGCUCCGCGUGGUUCGCUGCGGCGGCAGUUGGCUGAGCGGGAGCCGCGCGGUCUUUUCGGCCGAUUCGAAGUGAGUGGCGCUGAGGGGAUCAGUGGGGGCUUUUCAGGAAUGCGAACCGCUUAAGCCGCGGGGCUGCGGCGUCAGCCCCGUUGAACGCGGCUGAAUUUACUCCCGAGUAAGACUCGCGUCUAGACUCCACAUCAUUAGUAUUAUUCAGACACGUGCUCAGACUCCACAUUAUUAUCAUUAAUUAUUAAGACGCGCGCCGAGACUAUUAUUAUUAUUAUUUAUUAAGACAUGCUCUGAGACUACUAUUAUUAAUUUUUUAUUAUUUUUAUUAAGACACACCCCAAGACUCUAUUAUUGUUCUUUAUUAUUAAGACACACGCUGAGACACUUUAUUAUUAUUAUUUAUAAGACACACGAUGAGACUCAUUAUCUUUAUUGUUGUUGUAAUAAUAAUUACUAUUGGGAUGCAGGUGGCGCUGUGGGUUAAACCACAGAGCGUAGGACUUGCUGAUCAGAAGGUCGGCGGUUCAAAUCCCCGCGACGGAGUGAGCUCCCGUUGUUCGGUCCCUGCUCCUGCCCACCUACCAGUUCGAAAGCGCAUCAAAGUGCAAGUAGAUAAAUAGGUAUCGCUCCGGUGGGAAGGUAAACGGCGUUUCGGUGCGCUGCUCUGGUUCGCCAGAAGCGGCUUAGUCAUGCUGGCCACAUGACCCGGAAGCUGUACGCCGGCUCCCUCGGCCAGUAAAGCGAGAUGAGUGACGCAACCCCAGAGUCGGUCAUGACUGGACCUUAUGGUCAGGGGUUCCUUUACCUUUAUAAGACAAGCGAUGCAACUCAUUAUCUUUAUUGUUGUUGUGAUAAUAAUUAAUAUGAUAUAAUUGCUACAAUUAAUAGUAUACCGCCGUGUUCCAGAAAGUCGCAGGGCGGUUACAACAUAAAAUCACCAACAUAGAAACGCAAAAUACAUAACAAAAAUAAAAACAACCCACUAACACACACACCCGUCGUGUUUUGUGGGUUUUUCUACAUAAGGCUGAGUGGGCUGUAGGAUCACACACAGUCUGAGGUGCACUGUUUAGGUUGGUUUUGUUCCAAUCUUUUCCCUUUUUAAUUUCCUAAAAAUUAUGGUUUCAAACAACAACGACUACCACAAUUAAAAAAAGAAAAGGAUGCCCAGAAAAAUUUACUGCCAUGUUCUAAGAUACACAAAAGUUAAAACACUAAAGCAGGUUUAAGAUGACCCCAGCUGUCAACCGGAACAAGAAUAUUUUUAGCGGGCACCGGAAUGAGUACAGCAAAGGCGCCUGUUUGCGCUCAACAGGCAGGGAGUUUCAAAGCGCAGGCACUGCUACACUAAACUAUCAAAAUAUAAUUGCAAAUCCAGAACGGGCAUUCUGUGGCAACUGUGGUGGUGCUGAUUCUGCCGAUUAAAUGUAGGGAUAGGUAUGUUCUGUUAAAACUGAAUUUUUCUUCAUGGGGAUUUCUGCCCCAGUAUCGGCAAGCUUUUAAGAUCUUUAUAACAGUGAAAGUAAUGAAUGAGGAGAGGAGUGUUACACUAGAUCAGCAUAAGAAAUUGUCUUAUACCCAGGCCUUCUGCUCUACCACUGAGCCCAUACCUUUUUCCCCUUAGAGUUUUGAAAAGCGCAUAUAUUAUGUGGUACAAACAAUCCAGAGAAAAAGAGGCUUCUGAUAAACUGGCCUUUUUAACAGUCCUUAGACUUCCUGGAACUAUGACAAAAAUGUGUUUAAACCACAUGGUAAUAAAUGCAACACAGUUCAUUCUCCAGUUAUCUUUUGCUUCCAUUCCCUCUUGUCAACAUGUUUCAUCCCUGUCCCAAUCAAAAAAUUGAUCUGUAAACUCCUUUUAUUCUACUCUUAGCACCGUGUAUAUUAAUGCCAAUAUGUUUAAAAAGCGUGUUUUGGUCUAUUGCUAUCAUUUGGAGAAACAAAAUACAAAAAUAUUUAUAUAAUUUUUAAACAGUUAUAUUUCACUUUUCUGUCUCCAUAUUAGGCACGCAUGGCAGCUUGUGUUUAGUAUUUAAAUGCCAUUACACGUGGCAUUUAAAUACUACAUGACCUGGUUCACGUGUAUCAUUAAGAUAAACCAGUGGUUAAAAUGCACUUGCAGGAAUCAUGGCCACAUCGCUUCUUUCCCCCAGUUGUCCUGCUCUGCACCAAACUCAGCUUUGGUUUGGUAUAGCCAAGGUUUGUUCAGCUUACCAUGUACGGUUUGUCUGGAGGUGACAAGCUACGGUCCCAUGACUUCAGUUGCUAACUCCCACCCAAAAUUAGCUCCAGAUAGCAUGGCAGUAGGAGAACUGGAAGAAGAGUAAAACAGCUACAAUUUUUACUGAGAGUACUUGCAUAUCCGUACAUUCAUGGUUUGGUAUUGUAUGCAUUAGAUAGGAACUGGACCAUACUGAAAAAUAGUCUGAUUUUCCUGUACCUUUGGCAGUUGGGAAUUGGUCUUUUACAUGUAAUGCUGGAUGUGAAAAUGGACAAAUAUUAUCUAAUAUGCUUCUAGAAUUUUCCAAGUUAGCCUAUGUUGUUUCUGUCAAGUACUAUAAAUGCCUUUUAAUUGAUUUCUGGCUUUGAUUUCAUUGUUUAUAGAUACCUUUUGUGUGCUUCUGGUGACUAUGUGAAAGUCUACAGUACAGCUACAGAAGAAUGUCUGCAUGUUCUCCAAGGUCACAGCAACAUAGUGACAGGAGUCCAGUUGAAUCCCCGAAACCAUCUACAGGUUGUUAAAAUUUUAGCAAUGCUAGUCCUAUCUUAGAGCCAAACUACAAGCAGCAUAUGUAAUGUAAUUGUCAUUAAGUGCAAACUUUCCCCCGCCUCCUUGUUUGGAGAGGGGCAAUUUGGAUUAGAGGGCCUGAGACAGCAAUAUACAAGAGGGAAAGGAAGCUCCCACUGGAGCCUCUUUUUUCACUGCAAAAUUUCAGAACCACAUAGGGACCAUAGCAGAGGGCAAAGGAUUUAAGUUCCCUCCCCACAUAUGCCAGGGUCCUAAUCAACAUCAGGGCACCAACACUCACAUUUAUGAAAGAAAAUUGGCACUCAAGGGAAAACUGGGAUAAAUAUCCUAGGUAAUUUUGCUGGUGCUUAACGGUGACCUGCCCUAUAAUCUUUGAAUGAAGGGCAGCAUAGAAAUUUGAUAUAUUGUUGCUGUUGUUGUUGUUGUGAUAUGUUGUUGUUGUAAUCCCAGGCCAAAUCCAUGAUUAUGGCCAGGUAUGAGUAUAGCUCAAAUGGAGCAAAUUAUACCUAUUCUGCAAAAGUUUCUUAUCAAUUCCUGGCCCAGUUGAAAAUGCUGGUGGAAAACCUAUAAAACCCUGCCUGGGCCAAGGUCUCCAUAACUUAGAUAACAUUUUUCUCUCACCCUCAUGUGCAGAUCUAUAAUGGAGAUGCUGCUUCAUAUCUUGUCCUUUAUGGACAUAAGAAUUUGAAAGGACUCAAGGCUGCAUCUUCCUUAUGUGACAGACACAACUAGUGGAACAGUCUGCUCAGUGAUGUGACUAGCUACAUCUCUGCUGGUAUUCUGGUUUCUCAUAGAAUACAUUUCUUCCCUUUUAAGAGCGGUCGGCGCUAGGACAUACUUAUUUGGACUUACGUCGCAGUCGUUUUGUCAGCAUCAUAGUUGAUUUUGAUUAUCAUCCCAUCUCUGGGCUGUUUUUCUCGUACAUGUGCUUGUGUGUUAUAUCUUCAGCAGAGAACAUGUGCAGUUUUAAUUAAAUAAGUAGUAAGAGCUUUUUUCAAAGUUGUUAGAACCACUUCACAUUUUGUUAGCAUUUUUGUCAUACACGGGGAGUAAUCAGCACUGCUAAGAAUCAAAAUGCUUUGUAGAUAAACCAGAAUAGGACCUUACAAAUCAUUUUAAUAUGUCUUUUUUCUCCACCAGCUCUAUUCCUGGUCUCUAGAUGGCACUAUUAAACUCUGGGAUUUUAUGGAUGGCAUUCUCAUCAAGGUUUGUUAUGUUUUCUUUGCAUCUGUUCUUUCUCCAUAGCAGCCCAUGGGCUUCUCAUUAGAUUAAUGAAAUGGUAUGUAUUGGAGUGAAUAAAACAAAUCUCUGUGAUUCGUGAGUAAAUGCUCUGUUUACAGACCUGGAUAUGCUUUGCCACUGCUAUGCAAACUGUACUGUGGCAUCUUGGUUGAUACGAGUCAUCACUAACUGCAUCUACAGUGGAAUCCUCAAUAUAGCUACUCAAAACUAAGACUGUUAAGUUGAGCAGGACUUAUUCCCAGCCAAGUGUGUAUAGGAUUGCAAUGGAGUAGGGGAGCCAAUGGGCUCUUUUCAGCAUACGAGUGUCUAGCUUCAAAGACUAAUAAGCAGGAUCUCUUAUCUUCUUACCUACGAAGGCUUAGAAUGGACAGUGUUUUCUGUUGAUGAUUCAUGACUGAGAUGAGCUGCAUUAGAGAUGGGGAACCUGUGGUCAUCAGGAAGAUGAUUUACUACAACUUCCAUCAUCCCAUGCUGACAGGACUGAUGGGAGCUGCGGUCCAAAAACGUGUGGAGUGCCACAGGUUCUCCAUCCCUGAACUGUAUGCACAACUUUAUUGAUAAUUGUGCCUAAUUAAAAACCCAUUCCACACCUUCUAACUAGCAGGGUUGUAUAAACUUGCAUGGGUUUUCAGCUUAGUUUUUAGAUGAGACUAAAGAGAUUGAUUUUGUGUAUGUGUGUGUUUUCUCUUACAGACAUUGGUUGUUGGGUUCAAACUCUUUGCAUUCUAUGCACUUGCGGGAUCUGAGAAUUCGGUGUUUGUUAUCAUCUCAAAAGAUAAUGAUGAAAGAUCAGGUAUGUCAUAAUUGGUGCUCUUGUAAUUUUGUUACAUCUUGUUUUUUAUGAUUGUUGUUAACAUGAGGACUGCGAGCCUUUUUGCGGGUUUUAUUGUUAAGUAGAAAGGCAGGAUAAAGAAAUUCUUUUCCCCUUUUGUUGCUGUUUUUUCUUUCCCUUGGGGGGAAAAGUGGGGUACAUAUGAGCUUCGUCACAUCUUAGGGAUUGGUUAUUUAUUAUAGACUAUUAGUAUAGACCAUAUCAAAAGUGAACAAAAUAAAAUACAUGUAAACUCCACAUAAAAGUACACGUGAGUUCAAUGCUGAACAUAAAAGUAUACCUAAAAUAGAAUUUUGUAUGUGAUGGGGGAUGGGGUAGGAUCCCUAUAAGGAAUAAAUUCCCAGAGAGGAAAUUUAUGUAUCACUUAAGUUUAAGUCCCCUAAUGGUAUACCAGCUGCAGUAGUGGAAAGGUUUGCGCAAGAGAAGGCAUAGGAAGCCAGCAUGGUUCUAAUGUUUGGUUGCAGCUCCAAUACCUGUUGCACAACAGACUUCCGCUAGCGCAAUGGUUGCGCUGUAUUUUAUAUUGUGCAACCAUAAUUCUUGCCCUUACACUAGCACAACACCCCUUAGGCUGGCAGAGAAUGCUGAAUCCGGUCCCCUGUUUGUUUUGAAUGCUCCUGCUAUAGCAGGGUGGUCCGCCUUUAAUGGCAGUCAUCAGCAACAAUCAAGAGAUAACAUCUUAAAACCUUUUUUAAAAAGUGUGUCAUAUUUUGCUAACAAAAGCACAUGCAUCUGUUUGCGUAUUAAAUUUGUGUAGCAAUUAGAUCUAUUAAUUGUGUGUUUAAUUAAAUAUAUUUAAUUAAUAUAUUAAUUACAUAUAUUUAAUUACAUAUAUUGUGUAUAUUAAAUAAUAUUAAAUGCAUUGUGAACACUUCAAUUUACCAUAUGGAAAUUUAGUUCAGUGUGUGGCAGCACUCCUGCAUCCCACUUGGUAUGAAAAGUUGGACCGCCCUGUGCUGUAGGACAGCAGAGGAGUAGAAAUAGGUUUCUUGAUUUGUGAAAAAGAUGCUAAGCAGACUUCUUAAAACACUAUGUUGUUUUGGAUUUGAACAUUUAUGGAGCGUGGAGGCAUAGAUGUCAUAUAUGCUGCUCAGAACUUGAAGCCCAGUCCCAUGAACUGCUUUUUCUGGCUGGUAAGCAUUUAUGGUUAGGGUGAUAUCCAGUGACUGCUAUAUCAGCACUAUCUGUGGUAUGCUGACACAGGAAAGCCUAAUCAGUGCAGAAUAGGUGGGGUGGGACUACACAGCUCAGAAUCUGCAUGCAACAGCUUUGCGAAUAGGGGACAAGGUGCACUGUUACCGUGAGUGCAAAUCCCACCCCCGAAUUAGUGGGAUUACAGAUUUAUUCCAGUUCACUGCCUAGCACGGGAAGAAUGCUUUAGGUGUUUUAGUAUAAGCUGCUGUAUCACAAACAGGUAUUUAGGUGUUUUAGUAUAAGCUGCUGUAUCACAAACAGGUAUUUUAUUUAGAGGAUCGAUGAACAGGAUCGCAGAUUAAAAGAACUAAUGGUAGGAAUGGCUCGCCCCAAUGCAUUUAAUGCUCCUCAUCUUAGUGUGGCAGUCAUGCUUAAAAUGAAACACUGUGCUCAUCAGCUUUUGCCAACCUGCUGGAGGGCAUCAGGUUGAGGAGAUAUACAUUGCCAUAAUUUUGUCUGUAACUAUAAAAGUUUGCACAGUGCGUGUUAAUUUCUGCCGAGCAUUGUGGGGGGAAAUAUUAUUUAACCAUAGAAUUGUAGAGUUGGAAGGAACCAGGAUCAUAUUGUCCAACCCUCUACAAUGCAGGAAUCCUUUGCCCAACGUGGGGCUUGAACCCACAACCCUGAGAUUCAGAGUCUCAUGAUCUACCGACUGAGCUAUCCCAGAGUUUCAUAAGGCAUGUUGCUGCAUUGGCUAGGAAUCAAAUCUAGGCCUCCCACAUGGCAGGCAAGAAUUAUGCCACUGAACCACAAAUGCUGCUAUAAUUCACAGUACACUUAGUCUUUGUGUAGGCUUGUUAGGAGAAUAAACUGAGGCAGCAUUGUUGAUGUCGCUUUGAGUUCUGGGGACGACAACCAGGUGCAUAUAUGAUAAAUAAAGGCCAUACAACAAAAUACAGUCAUACCUCAGGUUACAGACGCUUCGGGUUGCGUACCACGCCGAACCCGGAAGUACUGGAACGGGUUACUUCCGGGUUUCGGCGCAUGCGCAGAAGCGCUAAAUCACAACCCACGUGUGCACAGACACGGCGCUGCGGUUUGCGAAUGUGCUUCCCGCACAGAUCACGUUCGCAACCCGAGCGUCCACUGUAGCCUAAUUGCACUCAUGCUAAUGAAUGAGAUAAAAGUUAGGUGUCAUCAAAAAUUAUUAUUAUUUCAUCUAUAUGAGAAUAAUUGGUUUAAAACUUAAAUAAAUUUUGUUUCCAUCAGGUCCAUUUCAGCUAGCUUCACUGAAAAUCCCCAAAACACCGGGUCAGGAAGUAGAAGCCAGUGAGCUGGAAUUGAUUUUGGAUGGUGUAAGCCAGUCACCCAAAUGUACAGCGCUUGGAAGAGAAGUAUAUACCUUUUCUUUCUUUCUUUCUUUCUUUCUUUCUUUCUUUCUUUCUUUCUUUCUUUCUGUAUAUCAUAUUAGAGGUCUGCAUGCACAAACUUGAUGUCAAAUCAUCCUUCUUUACUUCCUCAGCUCUUGGAGCAUGCACCCUCUUCUUAGCCUGUUCUCCGACCACAGCCUUACUCAUUGCAUUCCUAGCCUCUUUGCCUUGGCUGCCCACUGUAAAAUCUCAGAAAUUUUGCCAAUCCAAUGCAGAGGCCCUUCCGCUUUCUCUGCUUUUCCAUGAAAUGUGGACAGAGUAGUCAGUCACUGCCAGGACGGCUUUCUAACUACCAUAAAAUCCUUUACCGCAUUACAGCGUAGGUGUUCUGCUGUAACUGUCAUAUUCUGUACAGUUGGGAAGAAAUUCCUCUCUAAAACUUCCUUAUUUGUGACCCUGGACACAAAAUACCUGUAUUUCUCUCUGCCUUAAGGGGGUAUCCAAAGAGCUACCUUUUUAUCUGUUACCUGUUGUGUUCUCAAAGGAAUUUAUCACUUUUAUAUGUGGUCUGCUUUUCAGGCUGUUUUGGAAACACUUCCUGUUCCAAAAACAGGUUAACAAAAGGCAGUGGGGUGUAUGGCAUGUUUUUGUAAAACGCAAGCCCAAAACUCCUUUGGGUACACGCCUAUGUCUUAGGAUACCAAGAACCACAUGGCCAGUUCUGUGGAGCCAAAGGAGCUUCAACCUUCUGGUUUGCCGCCAGCAGCUAGGCUGACUACACCCGUGUUCAGCAUCUUUGCUAUGUUUCUUUAAACUCCGCUUUCGAUCCAGAUCUCAGGGCACCUGAAUUAGCCAUCAUUUCUCUUGAGAUCACUCUGGGUAAAAGCCAUGGAGGAAAUGUCUGAAUUUGAUUUAGAAGGGAAAAAGCACUGGUUGCAAAUAUACCAUUGUGCUGCUUUAGCUGACUUGCAUAGCAGUUGUCUGUCUCCUGCAGUUUGCCCAUCACAUGUUCUAAUUUUUUUUUUAUCAUACAUUUUAAUCCACUUGGACUCUGGUAUGUACUAAACUAUAUUUUGUUUAUAACAGGGUGAAUAUGUGGUAUCUGCUUGCGGCGGUCACCUCGUCGUCUGUUUCUUCAGGAAGAAGAAGCUUUACAGGUGAGGGCAGACAACUCCAGCUAGUAAUUGCUUUGCUGCUUUGAAUAUGCAUCUGUUGCUUCUGAACUGGCCAGGAAUUUGCUGUUCCUUACAGAAGUGUCCGUAGCCCUGAUAACACUUAUGCUUAUUAAUGAAGAAAAGAAAAGAAAAACCCACAUGGUGAUAUCCAAACUGUAGUUGGAGUAGACCAAUUGAAAUCAAUGUGUUUAAUUCUAUUGACUUUAGGGGAUUUAUUCUGAAUAUGACUUAGCUGGAUAUCUCCCAGCUAUUAAUAUCUUUGGAGAAGGAAAGGCUAAAGAGGAAAAGGUGAAAGUAAACCGCUUCUGGUGCAACAGGACAGCAGGACGAGUGCCAGAGUGCAAGGAAAUGCCAUUUAUCUUCCCACCGCAGUGGUACCUAUUUAUAUACUUGCACUGGUAUGCUUUCGAACUGCUAGGCUGGCAAAGCAACGGGAGCUCACCCCGUCGUGCAGACUCAAACUACCAACCUUCUGAUCGGCAAGCCCAAGAGGUUCAGUGGUUUAGACAACAGUGCCCCCGCUCCUUUUAUCUGCUAAGGAGUAAACCCUAUACAAAUGUGGAGUGGAAUUUCCUAAGUGGAUGGUGCCUUUGUGCCUCCUUCUGGCAUCUCCUGCAGCCAAACUGGUGCCAAACAUAUUGCUCUGCUUUCCUUUGGACCACAGCGAGGCUGGGGGGGGGGGGGUCUUGUCGUCUGGGCAGUCCAGGAUCUCCAUACACACUAUCCAGGUUUGACUUCACACACACACACACACACACACACACACACACACACCCAGCGCACUCCAUUGUCUCUUGAGACAAAUGAAUGCCAACAACAACAAAAUGAACCAGUGAUAGUACUGUAAAUCCCAUAGGAUAAGGCUUGGAGGAGCAAUAGAAGCUGCCUUCUAUAUAAUCAUUUAAUACGUCCAGACCGGAUUCUCUCCCAGCCGUAGCUGGAGGUCUUGGAACUUUCUGCAUACAGAGUAUGUGCUGUCCUGCCUGUACCUUGUAGGGACGCAGGUGGUGCUGUUGUCUAAACCACUGAGCCUCUUGGGCUUGCUGAUCAAAAGGUCAUCGGUUCGAAUCCCCAUGAUGGAGUGAGCUCCUGUUGCUCUGUCCCAGCUCCUGCCAACCUAGUAAUAAUAACAAUUUAUUAUAUGUACCCCAUCCAUCUGGCUGGGUUUCCCCAGCCACUCUGGGUGGCUUCCAACAAAGUUUAAAAAUACAUUAAAAUGUCACACAUUAAAAACUUCCCUAAACAAGGCUGCCUUCAGAUGUCUUCUAAAUGUCAGGUAGUUGUUUAUCUCUUUGACAUCUGGUGGGAGGGCAUUCCACAGGGCGGGCGCCACUACCGAGAAGGCCCUCUGUCUGGUUCCCUGUAGCUUUGCUUCUCGCAGUGAGGGAACCACCAGAAGGCCCUCAGGGCUAGACCUCAGUGUUCGGGCUGAACAAUGGGGGAGGAGACGCUCCUUCAGGUAUACUGGGCCAAGGCUGUUUAGGGCUUUAAAGGUCAACACCAACACUCUGAAUUGUGCUUGGAAACAUACUGGGAGCCAAUGUCGGUCUUUCAGAACCGGUGUUAUAUGGUCUCGGUGGCCGUCACCAGUCUAGCUGCCGCAUUCUGGAUUAGUUGUAGUUUCUAGGUCACCUUCAAAGGUAGCCCCACGUAGAGGGCAUUGCAGUAGUCCAAGCAGGCGAUAACUAGAGCAUGCAAAACUGUGGUUAGACAGUCUGCGGGCAGGUCGGGUCUCAGCCUGCGUAGCAGAUGGAGCUGGUAGACCGCUGCCCUGGAUACAGAAUUGACCUGCACUUCCAUGGACAGCUGUGAGUCCAAAAUGACUCCCAGGCUCCACACCUGGUCCUUCAGGGGCACAGUUACCCCAUUCAGGACCCGGGAGUCCUCCACACCAGCCUGCCCCCUGUCCCCAAGAACAGUACUUCUGUCUUGUCAGGAUUCACCCUCAAUCCAUUAGCCGCCAUCCGUUCUCCAGCUGCCUCCAGGCACUCACACAAGACAUUCACUGGUUCUGAUUUAAAAGAGAGGUAGAGCUGGGUAUCAUCCACUUAUUGAUGAACACCCAGUCCAAACCCCCUGAUGAUCUCUCCCAGCGGCUUCAUCUAGAUGUUAAAAAGCAUGGGGGAGAGGACAGAACCCUGAGGCAUCCCACAAGUGAGGGCCCAGGGAUCUGAACACUCAUCCCCCACCACCGCUUUCUGGACACGGCCCAAGAGGAAGGAGCGGAACCACUGUAUAACAGUGCUCCCAGCUCCUAUAGACAGUCCAGAAGGAUGUUAUGGUCUAUUGUAACAAAAGCUGCUGAGAGAUCCAACAGAACCAGGAAACAGCUCUCACCUUUGUCCCUAGCCCGCCAGAGAUCAUCAACCUAGCAGUUCGAAAGCACGCCAGUGCAAGUAGAUAAAUAGGUACUGCUGCGGCGGGAAGGUGAACGGCGUUUCCAUGUGCUCUGGCUUCCGUCACGGUGUCCCAUUGUGCCAGAAGCAGUUUAGUCCUGCUGGCUCCAUGACCCGGAAAGCUGUCUGUGGAGAAAGCUGGCUCCCUCAGCCUGAAAAGUGAGAUGAGCACCGCAACCCCAUAGUUUCCUUUGACUGUCCAGGGGUCCUUUACCUUUACCUUUACUUUGUCAGAGUGAGCACAAUGGAAAGGAAAACUGCUGAAGUUAUACAGAAAGAGCAUGUGUUCUUCUUGCAUGUUCCUAGUGGCAGAUACUACUGCAUCAGAAAUGCUUCGGGGGGGGGGGGAGAUUUAUGCGAUGGUUGCUAGUACAUCCCAGAAAUGGAAAGGUAUUCCCCAUCCACCUUCCUUGCACUGUUGAGCAGCCAGGGAUUAGUUGACAUUUCUUUCAGCUCAGUCCAGCCAAGCUAACUUAAAGCCAUGACUCCUGUUUUUGAAGCUUUUCUGUAGAUGGGAAAUCCAGAAUAAGCGACUUCUUCACCUGCGUAGCCUGCCACCCAACGGAAGAUUGCAUAGCAAGCGGACACAGCGAUGGCAAAAUCCGGCUGUGGUGAGACAGCUGCUAUUGGCAGUGGUUUUCUGAUCAGCAUGCAUAUCCUGCCUUGCUGUAAUCUUGCAGUGCAAGUCUGCAGUGCAAAGGCACAGUUUUGGCCUCUCCUCCCUGCCAAAGCUUGCGAUAAAAUGAGCCUCUGAUUCCAGCAGAGAAAGCUUCUGUCUUAGAAGGUGUUGAUUAUGGAGUGGUAAAGAUAUUCUUCACCUGGGGCAGCUGGAGGCAAAGGAGAAGAGGCCUGCUGUACAAUUGAAUAGUUGUUGGAAAUAUUUACUCUAAAUCUUCAUACUUGAAUAGUGGCAAGAGUGCAUAUCUAUAAGUGAGCAAGGGCUAUUUAUUUGUUACAUGUAUAGUCCAGUCUUCUUCCAAAGAACUCAAGAGUAGCUUACAUAUGGUUCCCGGGGCUUAGUUGCAGUAGUAGGGUUGCACCAUCUGCCUACAGACCAUUCUCAUGGUUAUUGGUAAAAGACCUGGUAUUGAGGCUUCUGGCCUUAAUCCAGUUUUAGUUGUCAGUGGGCAAGUAACCGAGGGAGAGGAUGGAUGCACCAUGUGUAUUGGAAUACACCUUGGGAUGUACAUCCCCCUGGAAAGGACUGCAAUGCAGGUGGACCACAUUUUAUUUGGGCUUUGAAUGCGCCAUCACCUUUAGGCUUGCAGUUUCCUCUCUGGUGAACAGUCCCCAUGUGAAAGCCUAUUGAUGCCAACAGAGCUCUUUAGCUGAAUCUCAGUGCCAUGUUUUUAUUCUGUAUGCAAAGCACAGGAGAAUAUAAUUAGAACCCAAGAAUUAUCAUAGGUUAGCCGUUUCCCAAGGUGCUUCAUGUAUCUCUUUGUGCACCAGUCCUCCUCCUCAAGAUCCCUGACUUGGAAAGUUUGCCCUAAAUUGAAUGGUUUUUUCCCCCGCACUAGGAGAAAUUUUAAUCACAAGAAUGACUACACGUACUCCACAAUGCACUGGCACCACGGUGAAGUUAUGGAUCUCGCUUUCACUGUUGAAGGUAACGUUACCCAAGCUAGGAACAUUUGCUGUUUCAAUUCUCUCACCUCUCCCAUCAGCUCACCAGUGGCCUUGAGCAAGUCACUUUUCUAGCAAUCUCUCCCCAUGCAAAUUCACCCAUCUGCAAUAUGAUAAUUCUGAAAUUCUACUCUCUUGUAUUUGAUUUCUGUUUUCUGUGCGUGGCUUUGAGAUCCUUUUGAAUAUGAAGCAAUUAAGAGAAUUUCUCAACAGAUUCCCGACAUUCUCUUCAGAAAACGCUUGUGAACUGCUCUUGAUAUUUGAAAUAUGCUAUAUAAAUGCACAAGGGACGCGGGUGGCGCUAUGGGUUAAACCACAGAGCCUAGGACUUUGCCGAUCAGAAGGUCGGUGGUUCGAAUCCCCGUGACGGGGUGAACCUAGCAGUUCAAAAGCACGUCAAAGUACAAGUAGAUAAAUAGGGACCGCUCCGGCAGGAAGGUAAACGGCGUUUCCGUGCACUGCUCUGGUUUGCCAGAAGCAGUUUGGUCCUGCUGGCCACAUGACCCAGAAGCUGUACGCCGGCUCCCUCGGCCAAUAAAGCGAGAUGAGCACCGCAACCCCAGAGUCGGUCACGACUGGACCUAAUGGUUAGGGGUCCUAUAUAAAUGCACAGCAGUGUCAAAGCAAAAGAGUUAGAUCUCCUCGAUGCAUCUUGCAAAAGUCUGGAAGUUUAGAGAUGGGAUUGUGGCAAAAGCAAUAGAGUUGUCUGUGUGUUGCGUAAAGACAGAUAUAACUAAUCUGGUGCCUUCAGCUCCAGCCACCAUGGCCAAUUUUGGGGGAUGAUUGGAGUUGUAGUCAUAUUGUGAGCACAGGGUUGGCUACCCCUGCAUAAAAGUGACAUUAAAAGCACUUUUAAUGUGAGCGUGCUUCGUUCCAUUCCCUUUGAGUUGUCAGGCAGAAGUAAACUGUUUCAGUUCUUCAACAAGCAGAGGAAGUAGGAACUUAAUCCUCUCGCAAAAUAGAACUAAAUAAAAAUUGUUUUUCUAUGUUGAAAGCUGUGAAGAUAAAAUCUUGUUGACCUCAGCAGGAACUUGCAAGUGACCCACCGCAGUGUUUAUUUUAUUCUUGGCUUCUCUCCGAAACAGGAAGCAGUUUGACCUGGCAAGUGGGAGGAUUUUGUUGUGUUGCAACAUAACUAUUUGCUUCAUAAACACAAUCCAGUUUCUCCUGAUCUUCUUGUUGCUGGGUUUUUUCAGUUCUUAUAGUCGGGCACACAAGAUCCCAGGCAGUCUGUGUCCACAUGUGCGUAUAUUUAUUUAUUACACUUGCAUUUGUGUCCGUAUGGCAAUUGUGCACCAAACUCAGUGCAUGCCUAUCUACUGGGAAGUAAAUCCCAUUGGGUUCACUGAGCCUUAAUCCCAGGUAUACGUGUAUAGGACUGCAGCCUUGGUCCUUUUCAGCAUCUAAACCUAGAUCAGGGUUGCACAACCUGUGACCUUCCAGAUGUUGUUGGACUACACCUCCCACCAUCCUCGAUCACUGGCUAUGCUGUCUGGGGCUGAUGGGAGUUGUAGUCCAGAAACAUCUGGAGGGCCGAAGAUUGUGCACCCCUAUCCUAGAUUAAUGUAUAUGGCAACAGGUAAUGAUGCCCUCCGAGACUGUAAUAUCCAUGGAGAGUAACCAGGUCUGUGGCAAGUCACAUUGCUCCAGUUGCACUGAGCAGUAUGCUGUGUGUGUGUGUGUGUGUGUGUGUGUGUGUAAAGUGUUACAUUUCUAAGGCACACACAUUUUGUUCGGUUUGAUAGGAACUAGCCUCCUGAGUGGCGGAAUCGAGUCUGUCCUAGUGCAGUGGCGAGGUGGGUCAGAUGCAAAGAAAGAAUUCUUGCCCCGGUUGGGAUCCACAAUAGAGCAUAUCUCCGUCUCUCCAGAUGGAGCCUUCGUUUGUACCUCGCAUGCAGAUAACAGUAAGUCCAAAUGGGGGAGAGAAACCUACCUCUUUAUAAUGUCAAACAACCGUGGCUGUUUGGGUUUUGAAAGGUGAUAACCUCCUUAAAUCAGUCAUUUAUAUCCAAGCAGCUCCAGCUUCAAAUUUCCAUGAGCACCUGAGCCAUGGAUUGGAAACCAGUGAUAGCCCUCUAGGUACUGUAGGACUACCAACUCCCAUCAGCCCCAGCGGUCAGGGAUGAUGGGAGUUGUAUUUCAACAGCAUCUGAAGCCACCCCCACCUCCCGGCCCUUUCCCUCCCUGCUUUGUGAUUGGCAUCUCUCCGUUUAUUCUAUAGGGCUUGUGGGGAGGGGAAGGGUUGCUGUCUCUGGAUUUAUAUUUUUCUCCCCUGUCGCUCCAUGAGGAUCUUCCUGCCUGCCUCAGUUAAGCCCAAACCCAACGAUGAACUGGCUUUCUUUCAGUGCCAGUUGUAUGCCCGGGGUUGGUACUGGUUUAAAAGACCCUUCAGCAGCUCUACAUAUGAAUGAACAAUGUUUACAACGGCGAGGCUGUGGUGCUCUCCCAACUGGAAAGUAGUUCCAGAGCUUGGGGGCCACUGCUGAAGAAGCUUGUUCGAGAAUAACUCCCAGCCCUAAUAGUUAAUGGGGCCUUUUCAGCCAGUCUGAAAAGAUUGGGGAAGUACUCAUGGGGGAAAGAGUUCUCUGUUCCCUAGCGAAACUGAUUAACAGGCUUACAAGAUCAGCACCAGAACUUUUGAUUUAGCACAGCAGCCAGGGAAGCAAAUCUAGGAUGGGUGUGGCAUGCUCCUUGUAUCUCACGCCAGGCUCAUUCUGAAGUAACUGAUUUCCAAUCCGUCUCAGCCCCUAGCAUUAGUUACUAGGGUGUGUUCAAACAUUUAAAAGUCCCUCCUUUCAAAGAAGGAAUGUUGUUGUUUAGUCGUGUCCAACUCUUCGUGACUCCAUGGGCCAGAGCACGCCAGGCACCUGUCUUCCACUGCCUCCUGCAGUUUGGUCAAACUCAUGUUAGUAGCCUUGAGAACACUAUCCAACCAUCUCGUCCUCUAUCGUCCCCUUCUCCUUGUGUCCUCAAUCUUUCCCAACGUCAGGGUCUUUUCCAGGGAGUUUUCUCUUCUCAUGAGGUGGCCAAAGUAUUGGAGCCUCAGCUUCAGGAUCUGUCCUUCCAGUGAGCACUCAGGGCUGAUUUCCUUCAGAAUAGAUAGGUUUGAUCUUCAUGCAGUCCGUGGGACUCUCAAGAGUCUCCUCCAGCACCAUAAUUCAAAAGCAUCAAUUCUUUGGCGAUCAGCCUUCUUUAUGGUCCAGCUCUCACUUCCAUACAUCACUACUGGGAAAGCCAUAGCUUUAACUAUAAGGACCUUUGUCGGCAAGGUGAUGUCUCUGCUUUUUAAGGAGGGAAUAUCAACUGGCAAAUCUAACUAAGGCUGACCAUAUGUGCUGUUGACCACCACAUCAGUCUUGGCCAUACCAAGUGGAGUUCUGCAUCCAGUAACGUCCCUGAGCUGCAAGCCAUAUCUGGCCAUUUGAAGUGCACCAUUUUUUUCUGAAUAAAACGUUUUAUGCCCAGGGAAGGCCAUCUGCCUCUAGAAGCUGUUGCAUGACAAGUUCCCCACUCCUGUUCUAUGGGCUGAUGCAGAUUCUGAAUCAUCAUUUGGUAAACAAUAGGCCUUUUAAUGCUCUGCCAGCUUUCAUUCUUAACCUUAUUAACUUUCUUUUAAAACUCCUGUAGAAAUAAUCAUCAUACACAGCAACUUGAAGGUCUCCACAGUCAUUCAAGGAUUGAGCAGAGGUAUGUUUGCUUCAGAGAGCUUAUUUAUAUACCUGCGUAUCUCCUUUUCUCCAAAGAAACUGCAUUCCAGCUCAAACCAUCUGUUUCCUUUCAGGCAGUGACGUCAAGGCUGGCUUGAUGGUUGACCCUCGAACUAAAGCUUUGGUUCUGAACGGCAAACCAGGCCACCUGCAGUUCUUUUCGCUGCAAAAUGACAAGCAGCUUUACAAUGUAAGUUAGGCCAGUGAUGAUCUAAUGGUAGCUCAGGACCCACUUGGUAUGUGUUAUCUGUGCUCUCGUCACAGUGGCAAAUAAGGCUGAGGUCUAGCAACAGUAGUUGUGGCUGCUGUUUGGGGUUGUUGGGUUUUUUUUAACAUUAACUGGACAUAUAAUUUCUGCAUAGAAACAAAAUACUACUAGGGCUGGGCGGUAUCUGGUUUUCAACAUCAUGAUAUAUCACCAGGUAAAUGUUGUGUACUGAUACAGUGGUAACUUGGUUCUCAAACUUAAUCCGUUCCAGAAGUCCGUUCCAAAACCAAAGCGUUCCAAAACCAAGGCGCACUUUCCCAUAGAAAGUAAUGCAAAACGGAUUGAUCCGUUCCAGACUUUUAAAAACAACCCCUAAAACAGCAGUUCAGCAUGAAUUUUACUAUCUAAGGAGAUAAAAUGAAAGCAGUAAACAAUGUACUGCAGUCACACACGCAAUCAAUCAGUAGCUGAACUGGGUUCCACACAGUCACAAAAACAAAAAAUAAGAGCUGCCUAAACAAAAAUGCAAAAUAAAUAGCAAAAACAGACAGACCCCAGCGUAGCACUCAAAACGGAAGUGUGGCACUCAAAUUGGAAGCAUAACACUCAAAACGGAACACAUUCGACCUCCCAAAAAAGUUUGCAAACUGGAACACUUACUUCCGGGUUUGCAGUGUUUGGGUUCCAAGUUGUUUGAGUACCAAAACAUUUGAGAACCAAGGUAUCACUGUAUAUCAUGAUGUCUGUAAUAAGGAUAGAGCUAUGUAGAGACAUUGGCUGGCUUCACGGUUUUUCCCACAUUGUUAUUUUUGCAUAGCAUGCGCACACACACACAUAUACGCGAUGUAUUGAUAUAUUGCCCAGCCCUAAAUACAACCCUGGCCCAGAUUGCUAGAGAACAAGUAGUGAACACAAGGUGUGGGCUGGCAGUGUUGCUGUAGGUAGGAUGAGGCUAAAGUAUUUCAAGAAAGGCUUUGCUGGAAGUAGUGGGGAAAGCAGCGCAACUCAGGGGUGGGAAGAAGCUUAUCAGAUGGCAUUGGGAUGAGAGUGGGUGAUGGGAAUAAAGAGGUACAAAGUGCAUAUGUGUUUCUUCUCCAGUAGCUGGCUUCACAGUGUUGGUGUUGACCUUUAAAGCCCUAUACGGCCUCUGCCCAGUAUACCUGAAGGAGCGUCUCCUCCCCCAUCGUUCUGCCCAGACACUGAGGUCCAGCUCCAAGGGCCUUCUGACGGUUCCCUCCCUGCGAGAAGCGAGGUUACAGGGAACCAGGCAGAGGGCCUUCUCGGUAGUGGCGCCCGCCCUGUGGAACACCCUCCCAUCAGAUGUCAAGGAAAUAAACAACUAUCUGACUUUUACAAGACAUCUGAAGGCAGCCCUGUUUACAGAAGUUUUUAAUGUUUGAUCUUUUAUUGUGCUUUUAAUAUUCUUUUGGAAGUUGCCCAGAGUGGCUGGGGAGGACCGGCCAGAUGGGCGGGGUAUAACUAAUUAAUUUAUUGUUAUUAUUAUUGUUGGGGACGCGGGUGGCACUGUGGGUAAAACCUCAGUGCCUAGGACUUGCCGAUCGUAUGGUCGGCAGUUUGAAUCCCCGCGGCGGGGUGAGCUCCCGUCAUUCGGUCCCUGCUCCUGCCCACCUAGCAGUUCGAAAGCACCCCUAAAGUGCAAGUGGAUAAAUAGGUACCGCUUUAUAGCGGGGAGGUAAAUGGUGUUUCCAUGCGCUGCGCUGGUGCUGGCUCGCCAGAGCAGCUUCGUCACGCUGGCCACGUGACCCGGAAGUGUCUUCAGACAGCGCUGGCUCCCGGCCUCUUAAGCAAGAUGGGCGCGCAACCCCAGAGUCGGUCACGACUGGCCCGUACGGGCAGGGGUACCUUUACCUUUACCUUUAUUAUUAUUAUUGUUAUUAUUGUUGUUAUUAUUCAUUGACUGACUGACCUUCCAAAUGUGCAUGAGCCCAUAAACCUACUUCAUCUCUUCUUUCAAAAAAUUGCAGUUGGAUAUUGUGCAGCAGGAGUAUAUUCAUGAACACGGGCUGAACCAGAUUGAGUUAGUGAAGGCUGCUUUUGAUUCCGAAGGCAACUGGCUGGCUACUGUAGAACAGCGGCAAGGAAGCAGCAGUGAUCUUGAAAUGUACAUGAAACUCUGGGCUUACGACGAGCAAAAGCAAAGGUACUCAUGCUUGCAUUGUCUAGCAAGUUGGCAGAAAACCGGUUGUUUCAGAUAAUGUAGAUUUGUCAGUCUCAAGUGUUUUCAUUGCCCACACUUGCUGCCCCCAUUAAACCUGUGACAAGAUGGGACUUGAGGUAUGAGCAUCAAAGGGAGCAUGCAUGUGCAGUUGUUGCGCGUCAUUACUUUGUCCAUGCACAUGUGCGCACACAGAUCCCCCCAGCAUGUGCCCUAGUGGCAUGGCUGCUCCUGUUCUGUGGCCGCUGUCAUGUUGGUCGGAACCUGUGUAACAGUAUCCACCAAGGCAGAUAUGUGCCUCUUACUAUGGAAACAGAAGCUCCUGCAGCUGAAUGGGACACAUCUGUGGGCAGCCUGAGGAAGUGGGCCUGCCCAUAAAAAAACAAGUCUGAAGUAAGAGACUAGGGCGAUCUCUGCUGUUUCCAAGAACUCUUCUCGUUGCGAGGCUUUUGGGGGUAAGCUGAGAGUUUGUUUGGACCCAGAGUGAGAACCCAGAGGCUAAGGGAGGGUGUGUCUCUCUCUCACACACACACACACAUGCAUUCAUUCAUACCUUGGAUCCCAAACACCUCGCAAGUUGAACAUUUUGGCUCCCAGACACUGCAAACCUGGAAGUGACUGUUUCGGUUUGCAAACUAUUUUUGGAAGUCUGACGGGGCUUCUGCGGCUUCCGAUUGGCUGCAGGAGCUUCCUGCAACCAAUCAGAAGCUGCGCUUUGGUUUCCGGACGUUUUGAAGGUGGAACGGACUUGCGGAACGGAUUCCGCUCAACUUGCAAGGUACGACUAUAUAUAUGUAACUUUGAAUCAAUUACCAUUUUAUAUGUAGCUCUGUACUGUCACAAUAUUUUAAACAAAAUUUUAAAAAUCCUUAAAGUAGCACCUUAGAGACCAACUAAGUUUCUUAUUGGUAUGAGCUUUCAUGUGCAUGCACACUUCUUCAGAUAAGUGUGCAUGCACAUGAAAGCUCAUACCAAUAACAAACUUAGUUGGUCUCUAAGGUGCUACUGGAAGGAAUUUUUUUAUUUUGUUUUGACUACGGCAGGCCAACACGGCUACCUACCUGUAACUACAAUAUUUUAUGUGUUGUUCAUUUUUUUGUACACUGCUUAGAGAUCCUUUUAUUAGCGUUAAGCGGUAUAGAAAUUAAAUAAUCAAGAUAUCAAAUUGAAUCCAGUCAGAUGAAAUGAAAAUGUAAAAAAAAAAAAAAUCUCCAUCCUUUUUAUUUUAUCUAUCUUAUUUUCUUAGGGAGGGUGGUUAUAAUGUCAAAGUAUAGUGCUUACGGUGAUCGCAAUCCGACAUAGAGUUAGGUGCCCUUAAGCACCGUGGCUUCAAGGAAUCUCUCUCCUUUCUUGCAGCUUUACUCUGAACACAAGAAUAACCAUGCCACAUGAGGAUUGUGUCACAGCUAUGUGUUUCCGUUGCACAGACGCAUCUGAAAAUAUAACCCCGACUUUGGUAACGGCUGGCAACGAUGGGCACUUCAAAGUCUGGAUGCUACUGGUUGACAAUGAUGGUGAAAGUGAGUAAAAGGAUGGUGGUGUAGCUGUAAAAUACUACAUUGUGCUUUUAUUCACCAUAGAGAGGGGGGAAAUCCUCUUCUCUCUGUUUACUGAUAAGGGCAGGGGACUUGAAACAAGGCAGAGCAACACUUUUAUCCUUCCGUAGAUUCACAUAGUGUGCUUCUGAUGCCUUUAGAUUGUUUUUGUUUCAUCCUCAGGUCAGAAACAAGAGGUUCCCACAGAAAACACAGGGCAAGUCUGGGAUUGUUUUCUUUUUGGUUAAUAAAUUGUUUUUAUUAGUUUUCAAUUACAGUCCAAUAAUAGCCUAAUUGGACGCGGGUGGCGCUGUGGGUUAAACCACAGAGCCUAGGACUUGCCAAUCAGAAGGUCGGCGGUUCAAAUCCCCGCGACGGGGUGAGCUCCUGUUGCUCAGUCCCUGCUCCUGCCAACCUAGCAGUUCGAAAGCACUUCAAAGUGCAAGUAGAUAAAUAGGUACCACUCCGGCGGGAAACGGCGUUUCCGUGCGCUGCUCUGGUUCGCCAGAAGCGGCUUUGUCAUGCUGGCCACAUGACCCGGAAGCUGUACGCUGGCUCCCUCAGCCAAUAAAGCGAGAUGAGCGCCACAACCCCAGAGUCGGUCACAACUGAACCUAAUGGUCAGGGGUCCCCUUACCUUCAGUAGCCUCAUUAUAACAAUAUCAAUUUACAGGGAAUUGCUGGGUUUUACGGGGGGGGGUGGGUGUAAACUGAAAUCAAUGGAAAACUUAAGGAGCCAACUUAUGGAUUGGUUGCAAUAUCACCAGACACAAAUUAGAUAGAAAUAAUUGAUUUUUGGACCAAGCUCACAAAUAAAAAAAAAUUCUUACAACAUAAGGGUAAACUUCUGUCUAAAAUGUAUAAUUUUUAAUUAGAAUGGGAAACAAAAGACAAGCUUGUUAAAGCUUCAAUGACAUACUGGGCAAUAGAUAUAGGACACAACAUAGAUCUUAACCUCUGGGAGAAACUUUGGAAAAAAACGACCUGAAAUUUACUGCAUGUUAUUCAUUGAGAAAGAACUACUUGGAAAUGAUUCAUAGAUGGUAUUUAAGUCCGAGUAGGUUGGGUAAGAAUUAUAAGGCGGAAUCAGAUACAUGUUGGAAGUAUAAAUUGAACUAACUUUCAGAGGAGAGUUGCCGAAUCAUAAAUGUAGAGAAGAAAACUUUAAAUAAAGAAACUAUAGGCUCUCCCCCCCAAUCUUUUGCAUCAAGUGAAGUCUUAUCACAGAUUCAAACCUUAUAGUCCUUGCAGUUGGUUUGUUCCGCAGUUUGCGAUCUCAUCUCUUCUACCACACACCUGUACUUUCGUCAAAUUAAGCUCUAAUUAACAAGAGAACCUCUGCUUCUUAAUGGCGGCAUUGGAGGGUUUUCACCAGGCAAAGUGCUUUUCCACUCAGCGCCUCUCUGCCCCCCGCAUUCCAUGCCGGAGCGAGAGACAGGUACCGAGACGAACUGCAAGUGAAGCCCAUUCCUCCUAUCCCUGAGGGGGAGUUUGCAAGGAUGAUUUACCCUCGAUCAUCCUUUUUCCUUCACCUACAAUCUCCUGCCUGCAAUCUAUUAAGGCAGAGCGGAACCAGAAGCCAAGUCUGGGAUUGUUUUCAAACAAAAAGGCAUAUGUUCCUAUGCCUGGCAUUCAGCAAAAGACAUAUAGUACCCAUUUAAUGUGGUAUAUAGUGCCUCUUUAAUGUGGUACUGACGACUCCUACAACACAAGUCUGAAAUUGGCCUUGGACACAUCCCAGGAAAAACAGCUGAGGUGGUCACACACCUCAACUAUCCUUUUUCAAGAUUUAAGUACUUCCUUCUAAUCAAAACAGUGAGUCAUGUUUGUGCCAGGAAAAGCCUACACGUUUGUGAUCACUAUCCCAGAAUUGCUGUUGAAGUUGAUGUCAGCAGAAAUAUGCAAUUUAAAUAAGGUAAUGGCUUAUUUAAGGUUUGAUUAAAUGCUCAAGGAGCGCACACAGUUAGGUAUUAACUAAGUCCCCUCACCUGAUUCCAGGAUUUCUGCUUGCCCACAGGAAGUGUGGCACUGCUGUCUGGUGACAAUGGCAAAUCCCAGCCUCAAAAGCUUCAGCUAUGGGCACAGGUCAUCUCAGCAAUUGCACAACAAUCCCCAUACCCCAGGCAUAGGCAAACUCGGCCCUCCACAUGUUUUUUGGGACUACAACUCCCAUCAUCCCUGACCACUGGUCCUGUUAGCUAGGGAUGAUGGGAGUUGUAGUCCCAAAACAUCUGGAGGGCUGAGUUUGGGGAUGCCUGCCCUACCCUCUUCCCAGCUUCAGGGUUAGGAAGAAGGUGGGGAGUGUUGUGGCCACAGGACCAAACAGUCAAGUGUCCCCUGCCACUCCACUUCCUGCCCUAAGAAGGAAGACGUGGUGGAAGGCUGCUGUUCCAAUGCGGGGCCCAAUGUGUAAGCCCACCUCCCCUCAUGGAAAAGGCAAUGAAGGAUUCUUGGUCUUCUGCAGCCAAAGAGAGACCAGGAAACCUCCCUUUUUGACCGAAGGUCUGGAUCGCCUUGCCACAUGAUGCAUCUAAACUUUCAAUGGGUGAGACAAGUGAUCAUAGUUCUUGGCUUGGGUAGGUAAAGGGAAAGGGGCCCCUGACCAUUAGGUCCAGUCGUGACAGACUCUGGGGUUGCAGCGCUCAUCUUGCUUUAUUGGCCGAGGGAGCCGGCGUACAGCUGUCAUGUGGCCAGCAUGACUAAGCCGCUUCUGGCGAACCAGAGCAGCGCACGGAAACGCCAUUUAGCUUCCCGCCAGAGCGGUACCUAUUUAUCUACUUGCACUUUGACGUGCUUUUGAACUGCUAGGUUGGCAGGAGCAGGGACCGAGCAACAGGAGCUCACCCCGUCGCGGGGAUUCGAACUGCCGACCUUCUGAUCGGCAAGUCCUACGCUCUGGUUUAACCCACAGCGCCACCCACAUCCCCUUGGCUUGGGUACCAAAGCCAAAUGGAAAUUGUGGACCCCUGCCUUAAUAUUCUUACAUACUAUUUAUCAUGUUACUCAGUUUUAACACAUCUGUCCUGUUAUAAACGUGUGGGAUUUCUUUCUCUUUAACAGAUCAAAGCAUAACUUGGGCCUGCGACUUCGUAGGAAGCUAUCACAACUAUCAAGCUACAAAUUGCUGUUUCUCCGAAGAUGGCUCUUUGCUUGCAGUCAGCUUUGACAAAAUAGUCACUGUGUGGGACUCGGAACUGUGGGAUCUGAAAUGUACUUUCUGCCAUCUUCCUGGGACUAUACGGUAAGUAACCAUGUGCUCCUUUAAUUUAAAUCAGGUUUGUUUGUUUUUUUUAAAAAAAAGGUUCAUUGAAGAAUGUAAUGAAACUAACCUAAUAUUUCCCCAAAGUUUUAAAAGCAUUAAUCCUUAAUAUUUUCGUAUCAGAAACUUCUUUAUUGGGCCCUUCUGAGCUUUCACAAGAAUCAAUGGUUUUAAGGGAAAGAUCUUUAAAUAGCAACAAAGCUCUGUAACAAAACCAGCUUAUUUUUUACAUGUGUCCAGAAUAAUCUGCGCAGAACUAGAAAUUGCAUUGGGUGGGAAACAAACACCCAUCUUCCCUCCUGCAGCCACCAGCCUUCCCUCAAAUUUUGCCCCAGAUGGUCCUCAAUCCUCUGGAGCAGAUUAUUGGACUCAUGGAAGUUUAGGCCUUGAGUAGGAAGUGGCAGUUCUGUCAUGUGACAUUGGGUAUUGCCUACAGUUUGAUUUCAGCAAGACUGCGGAAUACCUUGCGCUUUUGGAAUUACCUUCUUGCAUGCUGCUUGCUUCCCCUGCCUAGUUUAUUUAUUGCAAAAGUUUCCUAAAGAAAUCUUGCCCUGCUUUUUUUAGCACCUGCCCACACCAGUAUUAUCUUAAGGGGGAUUACAACAGAACAGGUUUGCUAAGAAGCUGUAAGCUCUACAAUUAGCCGAGAAAUGCCUCUCUGUUUAUUUAGAGUAAACAUUUACCUGGUUGCAAGGGGGGGGGGAAUCUCCCUUGUUGGAAUUAGAGGGUCAUAAAAUAAGAGUCUGAGCGCAAACAAAAUUGCUCUUGAGAGCGAGAAGAAAGAGAAAGGUUGUGAGACUUCCGGGUUAGCGCCUCCGGCAAUGGCGGAAUUCCUCUGAUUGGGAGGAAUCUGCUCCGUGGAAAUCAGGGUCUGGCCGCGAAGGCGGAGACCCACUAAAAACCACAGGCGGGAGAAGCCUGUGGACGUGGGAUUCGGCUGGCACCUUUUGCGCCUCCCCUACUCGCGGGGAAACCCGGUUUCGGGGAUUCCGGAGCGACGUGGGGUGAGCGGCGCGGUGCUUCGAAUCGACUGCUUCCUUCACGGAGUGAAGCCGCAUUGCCGUUGCCGGAGAGCGCUGACUUUUUCCUGUGGACAAUUGGACUUUAAACAACUACCCGUGAGUAGAACGGAAAAUUGGAUCUUUAAACAUCUUAAUUCGGCACCGAAACAGGAAGGUUUCAAACAGGAAGUCCGCCUUCCUCUUUUGUAAAUAGAUUGAGCAAAGACGCUGCAAGCUAAAGUCUUGGAGAGCCUUUUGUAAAGGACUAAAUUUCCAUCAGUUAAAAUUAUCAAACCCCCCUUGGAAGCAGGAGAAGAGGGGGGAAAUUUUAGAUUGCCUAAGCCUGCAGGAGAGAGAGUGAAGAAAGACAAAUUACCACCGUUUUGAACCUGGGAACGGGCUGUCACUAAGAUUGACGUUUUGGGAAAGUUCAUUGACUGUGAACAAAAUGUACGUUGACAGAUAGUUAAAUAAGAGAAAGAUAUUGUUUCCAUUGUUUCCUUUUGCACUUAAAAAGGAGCAAAAAUAAUUGAAAGAUUGAAACUAACUUUGUUGCUGGAUCUGCGUUUAAAAGGACGGAUACAAAUAGAAAUUGUUUCCUCUAGAGGGAGCUUUUGAAACUGUUGCAGGAGUGGAGCUGGGGAAUUUUCCAGCUGCAGAGAUAAAAGACCGUGAGAAUUAGAGAUUGACCUUGGACAAGAAUGUCAACAGAAGAAGCCUUAGUGAUUGCAUUUUGCAAGAUAAGUGCUUUAUUGGAACAGCUUCAUGAGAAGAUGGAUGUGAUGACUAUUAAAAUUGAUAAUUUGGGACAAAAAAUGACUGAUUUGGGACAAGAAGUGAAUAUCCAUACAGAAACUACUCAGGAAUCGAUUCAGGAAUCUACUUCGACAUGGCAAGUUGUGGAGAAGACGAGGGAGAAAGUUGUUGUAGAACCUCAAGUAAUACAAGUGCAGAGAGCCCCAGUCUUAGAGAGACAAUUUGAUGAAUAUAAGCUGUUGCCUUCUAUGAUUGAAUUUAGAGAAAGCCAGUUGAAACACGUCCUGAAAUAUCUUUUGGACUCUAGUUUUGACUAUGGAGAAUGGGCUGACCUGACGAGAAGGAAUAAAGACAUUGUUAGGUUGGAGCUUCCCCGAGAUCUACUCCUCAGUGUCAAAGGAAGGAAAUUAAGAAUAAGAUCAGCAGAAGAUAAAGUAAAGUGCAUGUACAAAUAUGAAGAAGAUCUGCAGAAGGGACAUGGAAAAGAGUUAAUAGCCUCGGACAGAAGAUCACCAGGUAGAUGGACCAUAUGGAAUUGAUAGAAAGGACUGGCAGAAUCCGAGACCAGGAAGAAGAGACGGUGGAAGAAGAUUGGAAAAAAGUUUAAAAUUUAUUUAUAGAAACAUUGUUAAAAUUAAUGAGUGUUAGAAAAAUGUUGGAAUGAAAUUACACGGCUUUAGUAGAAAUGUUAUAAGGAGUUAAGUACAAAUAAGUUUCAGGGUAUUAAUGGUAAGAUAAGGUUAAAAUAAACUAUGACAAUUAUAUGACAGAAAAUAGUGAAAGAUGGAAAGGAUUUGCUGAAAUAAUUAAUAAUUAGAACACAAAAAAGGGAGGUGGGAGGAGGUCGAUGAAACAAGUUAAUGAAAGACAAAGAUAUGGAAAUAUUGGAUGUGUUUUUAAUUGUUUUUGCUUUUGUUUUGAUGUAUUGUGUUUUUUGUUUUUUCAUUUGUUAUGUAUAGCAAUGUAUUGAUUUGUAUUUUUAUUUUUUCUCUUUUUUAUUUUUCUGUAAUCUUUAAACUUUUAAUAAAUAUUAUUUUUUUAAAAAAGAGAAAGGUUGUGUGGUGGUUUAAUGGAAAGACUUCGGCCAGUCCUGACUCUUGAAUCCCUGAUUCGCCUAGGCAUCAGCAGUGCCCAUUGUGAUCCACUUUUUAAUGUGUGGCAGGUCUCCAAAACUGUAAUAAACCACUCUCUUUUGAGCACACGUAGCCUAUCACUUAAAAUUACUUGCUUAAACUGUAUACUAAAGCAUGCAGAAGGUAGAUUCCCAUCUUUUACCCAUCUGUGAGGUAUGAGCUCUUGAGCCAGGAUUGGGGAAAACAAAGCAUGGCACCUAAGGCAGACAUGGCUGGCCUCCCGCCUGUAACCAUUUCAACCAUGGAAAUAGCAGAAAUAGCUGCCUGAAGUGAGCUAGGGUUGUCUUAGAUCAGGCAUGGGCAAACUCUGCCCUCCAGAUAUUUUGGGACUACAACUCCCAUCAUCCCUAGCUAACAGGACCAGUGGUCAAGGAUGAUGGGAAUUGUAGUCCCAAAACAUCUGGAGGGCCGAGUUUGCCCAUGCCUGUCUUAGAUUAUAUAGUGACCCUACAGUGAAAUAUCUCGUGGACACUACUAAUUAACAUUAUCUUUGUUAUUUAUUCUUCCAGAAACCUGUGUUUUGGGAGGCAGAGUUGUUCAAAAUACCUUCUUGGCACCACCAACACUGGAUUUUUGUGCUGUUGGAACUUGCUGAGCUGUACAUGUAAGACCAUUUUAUCACCUUUUCUUCCUUCUUUCCUUCCUUCUGUUCUUUCUUUGAUUAAAAAUUGGUCAUUCUGAGAGAACCCAAGGAGGCAAAUUGCUUUAUAUUUCAGCUUAACACCAAAUACUUUUAGUUUUUAUUUAUCCAGUCGUUGGAACCGUAUCGCAUAAAAUUAUACGGCAGGUAUUGUUGCUGAAUCCCCAACCAACCUCCGCUCCCCAAUUCAGAUCCUCCCCUUUGAAAGUUCUCUUAGCUGCAUUCAUGGUUUGAAUUAAUUGCAGUUCUGUCUUCCUUGGGAGUCUGUGGUUCUCCGUCAUAAUCUGGUUAUUUUGAUUUUCAGUGGAAUGGAGUGCCCAAUUAAAUGUCAUUGUUCUGCAGCCAGAUUGUCUGUCUGAGAACAUCGUCGCGGUUUCAUCCCACUCGGAAUACUCAGAUGGUGAGCAUAAAGACCUCUUUCAUUUUUGUUAAGGAUCACUGGCCAAAACUGCAGAACCCUACUGCCCAGGAAAAUAUUUUGCUUCCUUGGACUUGAAAGCCACUUAAAAUAACUCUUUAAAAUAGGCCGCUCUUGUCUACAUGGAAACUAUAUCAUGGUUUGGAUCUUAAGACAAGAAAGUUUGCUGAUGGAAUGUUUCUCAUCCCCCUUGUACUCAAACCUAGCUUUCAGGCUUCCCCAUAAGCCUCUGGUUUUCCUCUGUGAGAACAGAAUCCUGGACCAAGUGGGCUGUUCUUUUCCCCCACAACUGCAUCCCCAAAAUGCCCAUCUAUAAGAUUGCUGGUACUUCUGAACCAGGCUGGAGCCUGGUGGGAUUGCUGGGUGAGAGGACAACAAUUGGUUGGCCUGAACUUCCUUGUGUCUGCACCCAAACCCCUUUUAUCUAGAGCAGGCAUCCCCAAACUCUGCCCUCCAGCUGUUUUGGGACUACAAUUCCCAUCAUCCCUGACCCUGACCACUGGUGUUGUUAGCUAGGGAUGGUGGGAGUUGUAGUCCCAAAACAGCUGAAGGGCUGAGUUUGGGGGCGCCUGAUCUAGAGCAAGGUAGACUUUCCAUUACCGAAGUAGGGCAAUCUGUCUAGCAGACCUUUGGGAUACCAUGUCGCUUAGAGUCUUGCCCUGAGAUCUGUUUUCUGGGUUGUAGAUUUUCAUUAUAAGAAAGCUAUUUUAAUGAAAAAGGCCCCCUGACAGUCUUGGCACCGCAGAGCCUUUUAAUAACUCUCACCCCCUACUGGGCUAGAUCAGGUGAGCGAUAAUAUCUUGUUCACAUUCCUUGUUUUCUGCACGUGGGGUGGUUGUUGUCAGGGAGUUUAAAGUCUAUGGCGGGGGGAAAACCUAUUUCCAUUUCAGGAGUUCCUUUUUACUGUUCUUUAUCCUGCAAUGUGUGAUACUCUACAGCUGGGUUGGGCAGCCCAUGGUCCUGCAGAUGUUGCCAGACUACAAUUCCCAUCAUGCCCAGCAUUUAGCCACACUGCCUAGGGCUGAUGGGAGUUCCCCAUCCCUGCCCUGUAGCCUAUUUCUCACUGAGGUGGUACAGUCCAGUGACAGGUUUACUAACUGACUGAGAACUAGGCCUAUCAUGCUGUAUCUUGAUCCAUACUAUUCUUUGUUGUUGGAACUCUGUAGACAGUGGACUGGUUUAUUUAGACUUCGUUGAUAGGUUCCCAUAUAAGUACCAGGAGCUAUACUGAAUGUAUGGGUUUCUUUAUCAUUUUGUGAUCAUGCAUUGACUUCAGACCUCAGAAAAGCAACGCGGAAAGCGGUUCUUAAAGACUAAAAUUCUCUUUUUCUUCUUUUUCUUCCCCUCAGUAUUUGUAUUCAAACCCUGUGAACCGCAGCCUUUGUGUAUCCACAGAAAGGUCUGCAGAGGCCAAGUCCGGUGUGCUGUCUUUGUUCCAAGAGAUCUACCCGAGUCCAUUCAUUCAGAAAAAUAUCAGUGGCUCAGCCAAUCUCAGUUUUACUUCUUGACUGAAACACUUGUAAGUGUUUAAAUGCGCAUCCGGGACAAUAUUGCAAUGAGUUGUUAAGUGCUCAGAAAGCCAAGUUGUCGUGCUAGUCAUUUCUGUAGCCCUUUUCAGCUCUGCUACCCUUACCUACCAUUAACAUGGUGAGACAGGACGAGAGGUCAUCAUUUAGCCGCAAAGCUCACAGGGGGACCUUGAGUCAGUUGAGAGGUAAACCUGAAUCCCUCACUUCGGAAAUCAAUGUUGUGCCUGAUUUCGGUACAUAUGAAUUGCUCCCUUUCUUGGUAUAAGAAGCUUUCUGGACAAGACUGCUUUAACUCAGAAAUCUUCUGCUUCCUUUUUUUAAUUACAGUGGUACCUCGGGUUAAGUACUUAAUUCGUUCCAGAGGUCCGUUCUUAACCUGAAACUGUUCUUAACCUGAAGCACCACUUUAGCUAAUGGGGCCUCCUGCUGCCGCCGUGCCACCGGAGCCCGAUUUCUGUUCUUAUCCUGAAGCAAAAUUUUUAACCUGAAGCACUAUUUCUGGCUUAGUGGAGUGUGUAACCUGAAGCGUAUGUAACCCGAGGUACCACUGUAGUUCUUACUAGGGGAGAUGGGCAAUAGUUCAGUAGGUAGGGCAAGAGACUCUUAAUCUCAGAGUCGCUGAUUCAAGUCCCACACUGGGCUACAGAUUCCCGCGUUCGGGUUUGGAUUUGAAUUUUGAAUUUGAUAUCCCGCUUUAUCACUACCCGAAGGAGUCUCAAAGCGACUAACAUUCUCCUUUCCCUUCCUCCCCCACAACAAACACUCUGUGAGGUGAGUGGGGCUGAGAGACUUCAGAGAAGUGUGACUGGCCCAAGGUCACGCAGCAGCUGCAUGUGGAGGAGCGGGGACUCAAACCCGGUUCCCCAGAUUACGAGUCCACCGCUCUUAACCACUACAUUGGACUAGAUGACCCUUGGGGUCCCUUCCAACUCAUAUGAUUCUGUUCUAUUCUAGUCUAAAUGUUAGCUAAUCAUGUGAGUUUCAGUUUCAUAAGGGUAAAAUCAGUCAUGUUGACAAAGCUGUCAUACAUUGUUUCUUUUUGAUUCCUUCCUAGAAUAAGAGAGAGAAAUGCCUUGACCACAGGGGUGCCUUUCUUCCACAAUUUUAUACGUACUUCUGUUUAAAACCUUUCGAUCAGCUAAAAAAUUGUCAGGUGAUAGGAUAUAGACUGAUAAUAAUGUCAUUUUUACUUGUAGUCAGUUAAAUCAUGCAGUUUUAUUUGGUCCCAAACAAUACUGUCAAAUACUAAUGAAUAUCCCCAGUGUCCCUUGAAAAGAAAAAAGAAAUCAUUUCAAACAGCAUUAAACCUUUCAUGCUUCAUGUUAUAUCUCUUCUGGAUUUUGUUUUUAAUGAGUAAAUGCUUAUAUUUCUUAAGUGCAUAUGCUACAAAAUAAAUCAUCUGGAUUUUGUGCCAUAUUUUCAGACUCACUGAAAUCCUACCAAAAGAUUGUUUCUCGUAAUAGUGUUUCUUCCUUCUGAAUGUUUAGGAAUUGAUGACAUUUAGCACAAAGACACCAGAAGAGAGACUUACACCUUCCAGCAGACAGGUAAUUGUUCUUUAAAAGAAGUGAACAGGAAUUCUAAAUGAGUCUACAUUCCAUUCUGUGUGGUUUUAUUGAACUGUAUUAAAAAUCGGUUUGACUUAUAUUAAGUUUUGGAUCCAAAGAUCUCCUUCUGGGUGGUGUGCAGUGCAUCAUGGUGGGACUGCAGGGGUAGAAGAUCUACUUUGGAAUAGACCCUUGGGCCCAAUCUACCCAGUCAACUCUGUCAUACUAGAUUCCCAUUUCAAGAGAUUCUUGUCAGUAGCUUAGGGAUAUGCCAGGAAUCUUGCUAGCAUCCAUAAAAUGAUAGGCCUGUGUUCUUAACUUUUUCAAACCUUGGGUGAAAACACAAGUGUUUGGGCCUCUUUUUUAAUUGUACCAUGGUGAUUCUUGGGCUUGCUGAUCAGAAGGCCGGUGGUUUGAAUCCCAGCGACAGGGUGAGCUCCCGUUGCUCUGUCCCAGCUCCUGCCAACCUAGCAGUUCAAAAGCUGCGGCAGGAAGGUAAACAGUGUUUCUGUGUGCUCUGGUUUCCAUCACGGUGUCCCGUUGUGCCAGCAGCGGUUUAGUCAUGCUGGCCACAUGACCCGGAAGGCUGUCUGUGGACAAACGCCGGCUCCCUUGGCCUGAAAGUGAGAUGAGCACCGCAACCCCAUAGUUGCCUUUGACUGGGCUUACCCGUCCAAGAGUCCUUUACACUUUUUACCUAGUUAUUUUUUAAAAAAAAAUAUAUCUGCAUCACACUUGGACUUGGGAGGGGGAAAGUUCUAUCUUUAAACUGCUUUAUCAGUACAGAAAUGCAUGAAAAGCUAAGCUUUUGGCAUUUGCCCAAAUUUAAAUUAUGUCUGCCUAGGCAAGGAUGAAGUGAGCACUUAAUUCUGUUUAUGCUUUACUCAUAAAUAAGAAGCGAGCUGGAAAAAAGAUGCCUGCCUUUCUAAUUUUUACAAUUGCAAAAAUAAAAUAUUUUUGUAAUUACCCCCCAGUAUACAUAAAAAGGUACAACUAGCCCAACAUAAAGCCUUAUAACAGCCAUCUAGAGCCAUACAGUGGGCCAGGAAAUAAAUGGUGGCAGAUCUCAGGCUGCGAAUGGGACAUUUGGCCCCAGCAAUGUUCAGGAGGCCACCAAUUUGACUUCACCCCUGGAGGCGCACUCCACUGUCUUUGGAGACAGACGGGUGCCAACAACAAGGAGCAUAACUAACUUUUGAAUAACAUAUGGCUGGAUCCAACCACUAGUAAUUGCGGGGAGUGGGGGGUGACUCUCAAAAGAAGCUGUUGGGUUUUUCUCUUAGCCUACUUGCUUGCUGUUAAAGUGUGCUGUCAUUGAAUUCAGAGGGAUUCUCAUUACAGCUUUGCCCUCAAGAACUUCUAAUGGUUCUUUAUAUAUCCAAAAAAAGGAGCCAGUCACUGUAAGGAAGCCAUUGGGGACAAACCUGGGAAUCCUGUGCCCCUCCGGAAAUUGUUGGACUCCAAUUCCCAUUAGCCCCAAGCCAAAAGUUGGGGAUUCUAGGGCAGGGGUCUGCAACCUUUAAGACAAAAAGAGCCACUUGGACCCGUUUCCGAAGGAAAAAAAAAACUGGGAACCGCAAAACUCGUCAUUAUAAAAAUAACUUUUUUGUCACUUUUUUAUUAUUUCUUUGUUUGACCCCUCAGAAUUACUCCUCCUCAUAGAAAUAAAUGUUAAAUUAACAAGUUACAUUUUUUUGUGUGUUUGUUCUUCACUCCCUUUCAAAACAGUGACCAGCGUACAUGCCCCUUACAAUGUAGCGGGCGGGCGGGUGGGAAGGUGACGUUGGGACGGUGCGUGACUAACGCACGCACCGCCCCCAUGCGACGUCACAGCCAGUACAGCACCCGCCACAGUGGGGAGUGUCGGGGCGCACAAUGCGCCUCCUCCCCUCGCUAGUAUCCGCCCCGGAGCCGCGGCAAAGGUGUAAAAGAGCCACAUGCGGCUCCGGAGCCGCGGGUUGCAGACCCCUGUUCUAGGGCUUUGCUUGACUUUUCUCCGGUUGCACUUCCCCCUCCUUUAAUUUAAUAACUUUGGACACCAAAGUGGGUGGGAGGCAGGGAUUAAGUACCCUGUUCUGUUCUUUAACUCGGGUCUGUUUUCUCCAUCACCACUUUUUAGUUGGCAGUUGAAGAGAGCUUCUCCAUGACUCCUUUUUACCUGCUACUGGGAAAGCACCAGCAACAGAACAAAGAGGCUACAGAAACUGGGAGACUCCCUGUUCAGAAGAACUUUGCACAAGAAUCGCCUGCCGUCAAAGAAGUAAGAAUAAACAUGUUGCCUGUUCAGGAACAUGCAAAUACUGACUACCAUUUAACAAGCUUUCCUUCUUAUUGUGUCCUUUUUUCCCCCUUUCCUCCCCAGCUUCUUCACACUCCAGCUCAUGUCUUACCGUCUGCCUCUUUCCUGUGCCCCAUUUUUAUCAACUCACUGCUGCUAUCCAAAGCCAAUAAAAGGUAAGAAGCCCUCAGUUUUUUAAACGUUUGUUUUCGAAGGGAGCCGACAAUAAAACUGAACUUUACAGAACAAAAGAAGGUCGCGCACAACAUUUUCCCCUAUCCGCUUACAUUCUGAGGUGGUGGUUCUUCGCGAAGCUGAGUUAAGAGGGCAUUAACACGUUACCAUUGUCAUAGAAACAGAAGCAUUUACACUGAGGUGUCCUUUGAAAAUGACUCUUGCCCUAUAGGAGGCACAUCCACAUUCACAAGAGAUAUGGGUGAGAAGAAAAGGUAUUAAAACAUAAUUCUCCUAUUUGGGAACCUGGUAUGAUGACACAUAUCAGGUGGGCUAGAGAAUCUCAUGUCUGAGGUUGCAUUCAGACCCGGAGCGUUAUUUCAUAAUUUCCUGAUCAUUAACGGUAAUGUGUCAAUUCUUACAUUCCUUUGACACAGCAUAACUUUCUUCCAUUAGAGAACACUGCCUUUUUGAUCAGUAUACUGCCGUGUCACACUAAAUUUUAAACGUUUGGAAAGGACAGUGUGCCAGAACACUGCCUAAAAUUUCAUCAUGGAAUUACAAUGUAAAACUGCAGUUUUCUGGGUCACCAGAAAACUGGGCUACACAUAUUUUUUUCUGGAAACACACAGAAUUUAGCACUAAACUUUGGCUAGAUUCCACUAGUUUUCCAAAAGUGGCUUUUACAUCAUGCGAAAGAUCACAUAAGAUGUAAAUACAGUCGUACCUUGGUUUUCGAACAGCUUAGUUUUUGAAAGUUUUGGCUCCCGAACUCUGCAAACCUGGAAGUGACUGUUCCAGUUUGCAAACUAGUUUUGGAAGCUGAACGUCCGACGGGACUUCUGCAGCUUCUGAUUGGCUGCAGGAGCUUCCUGCAGCCAACCAGAAACCACACUUUGGUUUCCAAAUGUUUUGGAAGUCGAACGGACUUCCAGAACGGAUUCUGUUCGACUUCCAAGGUACGACUGUAAAGGAAACAUUGUGAAAAUGGAAUUAAGUGCUGUCUCAACACAGCCUGAGACUUGUGUGGCUAGGCCCAGCAUGUUCAGCAUAACUAUUUUAUAAAAUACUGAAAGGUUUAGUGUGUAUUAUUAUGAGAGGUUGUGUGUAAAACUGAAUCUUAGCAAAAGCUAGUUUUAAAGGCACCUCCACUGCCUAUACACUUCAGGAACAUUUCUAGGCCUUUCCCGGCCGUGCCUGUUUACGGAGUAUUUUCUUUGUGUUGGGAUGCAUUGAAAAGCUUAAUUCCCUCCUAAUUUGUGUUUCCUGCUGAUCUCCCACUGCUUCAGAUUAUUCUGCGACCCUUAUAAUUCCCAUUCUCUUAUUGGUGACUUGUAUGGAAACUUUUUUCCAAUUUUAAUAAGUCCACGUCCCCCGUCAUACUAAAGCUUACUUAUCAUAUUCAUGAGAAUCUUAAGAAAAGUAUCUACAACCCAGCAAAUAUUCUAGCUCUGAGACUUGUUAUAAAUGUCUCCGUGGUCUCAAAUGCACAUUUCUAUUGAUCCUUCCGUUUGUAUUUUUAUAGCACUAGUGAAGUUGCCAAUGAAGUGGAAAUGGAAAGCGACAACAGCGAGAAUGAAUCGGAGGAGGAGGACACGGAAGUUGCUAAAAUGGACUCAGAGGCACCACAGGCAACAGAUUGUUUGGAGGAAAACAUUCCACCUAAAUUGUCAAAAGAACAAGAAAAAAAUUUGCGCCAGUUAAGAAAAAUGGACUACAGCUGGGCAUCUGUUCUCUAGACACAUAGUAUCGUGGACUACAUGUAUUUAUAUUUCUUACCAAUAAUUCCACAAGAUGUCAUUCUUUCAAAUAAAGGAUUGCGAUUUUCCAGGAUGCUUCUUCACUUCUUGGAAUAAAUUGUAACAAGUG